CCUCAUGCAGGGGCAUUAUGGUGGUGCACACACCAAGCCUGGUUCUGCCUCUCUUCAGUAGGAACAUCAUUUUUUCAUCAACGCUACUCACAUCCAAAUUACAGAUAAAAUUUCACUACUCCAUGUGUUAGUAUAGUGUCGCUCCUUAUACUUUGGCUGGACUGUUGGUGAAACUGGAUGUUUUACACGCUUCAGAUAUUGUCUUGUUUGUGUAGAUCAAGGCUAGAUGGACUCAAAUAGUACAUCAUCCUGUAUUAAGCUGCUUUAUGGCAGUUGUAUAUUCUUAAGAAAGGUGUGCUUACUCACUACAAAGUACUGAGCAGGAACGGUUCUGUAGGGAACACUGUCAGUUCUCUUUCAGCCCUCACUGGACUAAUUUUCAUAUUUAUGCAUUUUAGGAAACCUUUCAAAGCUUGUGCUUGGGGGCUUAGGGGGCUCUCACCUUCCCGUUGUGGUGAAUAUGUGAAACAUGCUCUGGGAAACAACUGGUUUUAGUCAGUUCUGCCUCUCUUUUAAACAAUGCAGUACUAGAGUCCAGACUAUGCAUGUGCCUGGAAAAUUAGGUGUCACAGGUUUGUAGUGUGUAUAUAGGUACCUAUCUGUGUAUAUACGUGCAAAAUAAUUUUUAAGGGAUCUCAGUGACAGAUAUACAUGGUUUAGAUUCUUGCUUUUCCUCAGGAAGGCUGUGUACAGGGGAAUUCAAAAAGAUAUUCAGCAGUCAUCUUGCCUAUAUUUCUUGUACCUACACUUCUAGCUUGUCUGCUUGUCCUCUGGCACCAGGAAUUUGAGUUUACACAUGACAAACACUACUGCAGCGUUUGUGAGACUUUAGUUGUUCCUCUAGGCAUGUAUAUGUGUUUGUGUAUGUCUAUCUGUAAGUUUAUGCAUAGUAAUAUAUAUAUAUAGAUACACACACACAAAUAAAAAGUCAUAACUCAUCCCUCAGUAUCUUUUAACUAUUUCUCCAAAUCUGAUAUCAUAUUGGCUGGAGUAUCUCCGCAAUUUGUUGUUCUGGCUACUUGGAUAUCAGAUUCUACUGUAACUCUUUCUCACUUCUCCUCUUCUCUCUCUCUCUCCUUUUUUUAAAAAAGAAAAGCAUCUGCAUAUUUCGAAGACAUGCACCAUUGCCAAGCAAUCUGGUGUAGUGGCUUAAUAUGCUGGCAAAUAAUUUCACAAGUUGUUUGUGUGUGUGAAGGCAGUAUAUUUGAAUAUCAUUAUAUUCUGAAUGUAGGAAUGAAGAGAGUUAUCUGAGCUUAUUUAAAUUUUGUGAAAGGCCAGACAGCUCCAGAAAUGAAAGAAUGUUUUACAUUUUUUAAUUGGAGUGCGUAUUUUCAUCCUUCGCUAAUGCUGAUGGAGUGGGACAUCGCGUUUACGAAAAGUCUUUCUGCCCUAGCUUCUGAGGACUGCCAAUAAAAUUUUUGGGAGAAGUAGACUCCAGAGGACAGAGGUAGGAGGGAUGUUGCUUUGCAAUGUGUUGUUGACCUUCCGUGCACUAACUUUCUGUCAUUACCGGUAAACACCUCUUCCCUUUCGGUGUUUAUGUGCUGUACGGGGCACUCAGUGGCUCCAUUUGAGCACUUUCUCUUCCUUUCCACCUCUGAGGUCCAUAUCCCGUGCUGCAUUUUCCUUGAGCAGCUUGAUUUUUAUUAAUGUCCCCAGGCAGAUUUGCUCAGCUGAUCUUUCCCGAGUGUCCCCAGCUCAGUCCCAUGUGUCAGUGCAUACAGUGCUGUCCUUUUCUGUGACCUUACCCAGGAUGGCUUCUCAGAGCCCUCCGCAUCUCCCUUUGCCAUUUGAAUACAGAUCAGAAACGGACUUUCAAAAGAGCAAGUCAUUGCCUGCAGAGCAGUGGGUCAGUUCUUUCUUUACAGUGAGAUCUGAAAAUCCCACUAGCCAUAUCCUUCAGCUUACAGAGGUGUCUCUGAAGUUCACGUAGCAUGGAAGAGGAGGGAGGUUUUCUCUUGCGGGCUUUCUCCUUCACCUGCUCUGCUUUCCCCAAGCUGAUCACAAGGGCAAUUCAUCUUUCCCCUAAAAUCUGCAUCCCUGACUCCCAGGAGGGGCUCCUUCCAUUGGGUCUUCCUCUCUUACCUUUCCCUGGUUUGCUCCCGUCUCACCUGGAGACGUCCUAUUCCCUGUGUGAGGACAGUAGUUCUCUCUCCUCCCAGUCCCCUUCUCACCAGUCACUUAACCCGCAUUACCUUUGCUCUCAGCAUCUCCUUGCUAUCUUACAAAGUCUUUGAUUAAAACUUCUUACGGGCACAGUUUGUUGCAGGGGGAGUAGGAGGCAGGCAUGCACUCUGUGCAGUUUAUGAGAGUUCUCCCUCGAGCCUGAUGUUUUUGCUACCUUUCUGUCUCUAACUCUUUCAAUAAAGUUCACUAAUGUUUUCUGCUGCAACAAAUUCUUGGCCUUUUCUGUUCUGCUUUGGCCAUUACAUGGAAGCUGUUUCCUUGGAGUGGUUAUCUCUUUUCCUAUUAUUAUUUUAUUUUCCCUAAUAAAUGUGGUUUUCCCUCAGUUUCAUCCUCUAGGCGUUACAUUCCUCUGGGGACCUUUGGCGUUUAGCAUCCAGCGGAGCCUGAUUCUUUUAUGUCCUGCUCUGCUCUUUCAAACGACUUCUCUCCCUUCAACUACACAUUGUGUGCUAAGCUGCUGUCUCUUCUAGGUAAUUCCAGGAGACUGAGUGUUCAGCCCCCACCUCUUUUGCACCUGGCUGGGCUUCUCUGUCUCCAUUUAACAUUUAUGUCAGUUCUGCUCAGGAGUAAUAAGUGCCUGCACCUUUUGGCAUUAGAGAAUGGCUGGAAAUAAAGCAAUUUCUGUUGGAAUAUUGAAAUCAAAGAUAAACCCUUUUGUGAAAAAGUUUGAGAGUUCAAAAUUGACCAGCUUAAUGAGUUCUCUUCCAUUUUCUUUAAAAUGUAAAUACCAUAGCAUUGUGUCAAAGUUUUUGUAUUACCUGUUCGUUCUGCUGUUUUGGGAAACGGGUCCCUAAACUGGAGCUGGUUUUAAGCAAAUACCAGGUCACUCUUACUUCGCUGUUUCCCUUUCAUCUGAGCUUUUCAACACUUCAGCAAUCCUCUUCAUCCUCUCCUGAAAUUCUGUCUUUAGAUGAAAUUAAGACAUAUAAAGUAAACUGUGGAAGAUCUUAAAAUUCCAUGUUGUUUUAAGGUAGCCACCUCUGCCUUCCUUCCUUUCUCCCAAAAGCCUGGCAGACCAGGUAGCUGUAGUUUCCCAUUAACGUGACCCUGACUGUCCCCUUGCUGGUUUGCGACUACAUUACUUCAUCUUGUUUCCAAAUUGGUAGGAGAUGUGUGUGUAGGGGGUUGUAUUUCACAAGCUGAGGGGUUUCUGGUGAACUCAGGAGCCCUGGGGGUUUUUCAUGGGCAGAUGGGGCAGCUGCCCUUGCUCUUCGCCCUGCGGCUGGGUGGGAUGUGGGAGACACAUCCUUGGUUUGCGUAAUUCAGAGAAAGGAUUUUCUAAGCCUCUUGCUUUCCAGGCGUGCAGGCUGCCUGCUGGAAUGUCAGUUGGUGCCUUUAUAUCUGGAUGUUAAACUCUUGAUCCAAUGUGGAACAGCUCAAUCAGUUUAGAGACCGGCAGCAGAACGGAGAGGCUGCCAGCAGGCUCACGUGGCUCGCAGGAGAGCAACGUUCGGGUCCUUCACCUGCACCAAACAGAGCAGGACUUCAACCUCGCUCUGAUCCUCUCUGAUCUUAGACACACACAUAUGCCCUGGAUGUUUGGAAGAUUGUCAGCUAAUGGAUGCUUGGGGGUGUCACACAGGGGCAGUUUGCCCCCAGAUUAGAACAACCCAGCCGCUAUCCUGCUAGUGUGCAAACGGAGUUCCUUGGAUGCACUUUUCCCUCCCCUGAGCCUCUCUGAAACCAACAAGACUGGGGUUAUGAAGUCAAUCCUAGAUGGCCUCGCAGAUACAACUUUCCGAACAAUCACGACAGAUCUCCUUUACGUGGGCUCCAACGAUAUCCAGUACGAAGACAUGAAAGGCGACAUGGCAUCCAAGCUGGGUUACUACCCCCAGAAGUUCCCUCUCUCUUCCUUCAGGGGUGAUCCUUUCCAAGAAAAAAUGACUGCCGGAGAUGAUCCCCUGUUGAGCAUUAUUCCCUCAGAUCAGGUCAACAUCACAGAGUUUUACAAUAAGUCCCUGUCUACAUUUAAGGAUAAUGAAGAGAACAUACAGUGUGGGGAGAACUUCAUGGAUAUGGAGUGCUUUAUGAUCCUGAACCCCAGCCAGCAGCUGGCCAUCGCCGUGCUGUCGCUCACCCUGGGCACCUUCACAGUCCUGGAGAACCUCCUCGUCCUGUGUGUCAUCCUCCACUCCCGAAGCCUCCGGUGUAGACCCUCCUACCAUUUCAUCGGCAGCCUGGCUGUGGCUGACCUCCUGGGCAGCGUGAUUUUUGUCUACAGUUUUGUGGAUUUUCAUGUUUUCCACCGGAAGGACAGCCCCAACGUCUUCUUGUUCAAACUGGGUGGAGUUACAGCCUCCUUCACCGCCUCUGUAGGUAGCCUUUUCCUCACGGCAAUAGACCGAUACAUAUCUAUACACAGGCCACUGGCUUACAAAAGGAUUGUUACCCGACCAAAGGCUGUCGUAGCUUUUUGUGUGAUGUGGACCAUUGCUAUUGUAAUAGCCGUUCUUCCUCUGCUCGGCUGGAACUGCAAAAAGCUCAAUUCCGUUUGUUCGGACAUAUUCCCUCUCAUCGACGAGACAUACCUGAUGUUCUGGAUCGGGGUCACCAGCGUCCUCUUGCUGUUCAUUGUCUAUGCCUACAUGUACAUACUGUGGAAGGCUCACAGCCACGCUGUUCGCAUGAUUCAGCGGGGCACGCAGAAAAGCAUCAUCAUUCAGUCUACUGAGGAUGGUAAGGUACAGAUCACUAGGCCUGAUCAAACUCGUAUGGACAUCAGGUUAGCCAAAACCUUGGUCCUUAUCCUAGUCGUUUUAAUCAUAUGCUGGGGCCCUCUCCUCGCCAUCAUGGUGUACGAUGUCUUUGGGAAAAUGAACAAGCUCAUCAAGACUGUCUUUGCCUUCUGUAGCAUGCUCUGUUUGCUGAAUUCAACAGUGAAUCCCAUCAUCUACGCUCUGAGGAGCAAGGACUUGCGACACGCCUUCCGCAGCAUGUUCCCCACCUGCGAAGGGACCGCGCAGCCCCUCGAUAACAGCAUGGAGUCUGACUGCCAGCACAAACACGCCAACAACGCGGGGAACGUGCACAGGGCUGCCGAGAGCUGCAUUAAGAGCACAGUUAAGAUUGCCAAAGUUACAAUGUCUGUCUCCACAGACACGACUGCUGAAGCGUUGUAAGUCAGAGACUUCUCAGCGUUGUGAGAAAAGGAGUUAGUUUAACAAAAAAAAAAAAAAAAAAUCAACAACAGAGAAAACCAAACCCGUGGCUUAACGUGUUUGUACCCUCCUGUAAUAUUUUUUUGGUUUGUCAUUGUAAGCUGAGCAAUGAUUGUGUUAAGAGCAUUACCAUCAGCCAGUUCUUCAGGUUUUACAAUUAGGGAUUCAAGCUAAAUUUUCAAAAGGUUUUUUUUUCUCAAAAAGUGUUUACUGAAUAAUGGUAAGUUUCCAGAAAGAGCACAGAGAAAAUAACAGGUUAGCAAUGGUUCCUUUAGGGGGUGUGAAGAAAAAUUGUGAAACCUAAUUGAAAACUAAUUCAUCCUAAACCAAUACCAUCAAAUAUGAAAAAAAGCCUUGUAAUCAUGCUGUUCAUUUCAAUGUGAAGUGUAUUUCAUGUCUGUAAGUAAUAAGAGUUUUUGAUUUUUUUUCCAAAAGCGGCAGUGCUAAGUUUUAGAGGUUUCGUAAAACGUGUCGUGUCCUGUGAAUUGUAUGCUGUUUUAUUAUGUGUUAUUGAUAUUUGUCUGAUUAAACAAAGUGAUAAGGUAGACUUCCGUGGAAAUAAUGUGAAACGUGAUAUGUAAACCCCAUUGAAAACACUUAACUGUAUUUGAAGAAUUCCUAUGAGCUAUUUUGGAAAUUUUACACUUUUAGUGGUCUUCUGUGGACUUAGAGGAGAGGCUUUGUGUUCUUCUACUAAAAUUAUUUCCCCACUACCUUUUAUUUUCACAUGCAUACGAGAGUAACAGCAACAAAGGAAUAGAGGAGGAAUGUAAGAGAGGAAUGCACUGGUUCUGACUUUUAAAUACCACUGCGUUUAUACAGAAGGAUGUUUAUGGUUGUACAGACUAUUGCCCUGCUCUUGGGCAUUGUGUGAAUACGAACACUGAAAAGCGAAGGUCCCGGAUAUUGGCUCCUUUAAUGGGCAACUGGUUUUAAGCCACGUGCUGGUGCUGGACCACUGAAGACAGCAUGUGUCAGACUCAAUGUGCGAUGUUAUCACUGUGCAGUCAAUGUAUACUUGAAGUGUGUCGCAUUCCUGUAUCCCAGGUUUAAGCAGAUUCAGAGCCUGAGAUGCCAAACUCCCGUCUUCACUAAAAGAGGAGGAAAUAUUGUCAGACUUAGACAUUUUCUUAUUGUGUGAGCGUGUAUAUAAAUAAAUAUCUAUGUGUGUGUACGUGUGCGUGUGCGUGUGUGUGUGUAAGUAUACUAAUCAGUGUGAGUCAUGGUAGCAUAACUAAGAUAGGACACUAUGACCAAAUGUAAACUGUAUUUCUUGUUGCACGCUUUGCACAUGAAUUCUGUUUCUAAAAUUGCGUUCUUCCAACUGAUUACUGAUGAAAGUACCGUAUUAAGAACAUCCCGAUCUACUCUGAGAGGUGUAUCCACGUGCUAGAGAAAGCAACCUUUCAGUUGUACUUGAGAAUAAGGGGAAACAAGAGGCUGAGCAUGGCAUGAGCCCGCACUGACAACUGCAGUGGCUGUUGAUGGUGUUCCUGAAAACUGAGAAAGCCAGAAAUAAAUGAUAAUUUGCUUUAAGGCCGCCAGUAUUCAAAUCUGAUUCCUUGCAGUGAGGUGAGUCUCACUGUGAAACCAGGAUACAGAUGACAAGGUUUGACACUAUCAGCUUCGAGGAAGAAGUUUUUGAAGGAAAAUGGUGACUGUUCCAUGGUGGAAUUGGUUCUGAAGCCUGGGACUUUCACAAGGAGCAUGUUACUGGAUAGUCUUUGAGGCAUAGAUAUUGUGUAAUUCUGUUCUGAUUCAGAAGGUCUGGGGUCCUCUUCUCUGCUCCCUUGCUUUUUUUUUUUUUAUUUCAGCCUUCUGGCUGAUUUCUGCCAAAAUAGCUGCAAAGGCAGCUUAGCCCGUUAGCUGCCUGACGCUUGCCACAAGCGGGGUGACUCCCUCUGUGCCACCGGGCGAGUGGAGCCAAAUCCGCGCUGCCCCGCUGCCUGUCCUCGGGGUUUCGGAGGGAGGGAGAGGGGGGUGGCAGCCCUCGGCCUCUGGCCACCGUGGUGUCCCCAUGGCAUUUCUGAUACCUCAGUGCAGUCCAGAGCAGCCGGUAGCACAGAGGGCCCAGCCGAUUUCAGCCAGUGGCUCUGCGGAGGCGUAAGUGGCUGCAAGUUCAGGUUUGGUGAGGGGGGGGCACAUUUAAAGAUUUCAUCAGGCAAGGUGCUGAGCAGCAGCUGGAAGACACAGGGGUAUUUUCUUCCUCCCCUCCGCUGCAGCUUACCUGGGUGGUAGGACAGGGCACCCUGUUCUCGAGGGGGGUUGCAGCAGUCAGCCGAAACUGGCAGAUUACAGAUGAUCCCUGGGGGAAGUGCGAGUCCUCCUGAAAGAUCUUUCUCAUAUCUAGGUCUAGUCCAUCAUAAAGCAGUCCUCUUGGAGGAGGCAGGGAAAGCCUGUUUGAAAUGUAAAGGUAUUUUAAGAGCCAUUUUUGAAACACACUUCUUGUGAAUUAAAUGCAAACUUCGUGGACUUUUGUUGUGCAUUCAAGUUCUAAAUUUUACAUGAUAAAUCAUGGGACAAUGGGGCUGUCUUGGCACUUAACUUGGUGCUUACUGAUAUAAUAAGAAAUAGCAUCCUGUGAAAUGUUACUGUCUAUUAUCAGUAUCUUCAUUUGCAUAAUGAGUUUUCCUAAAGCUCUGGGAACUGUGUUGGUUCACUUAGAACCAUUUAUUAAAGAGGCGGCAACAAUUUCCCUACACGUUGUGCACUAAGUAGAAUUUAUCUUUCAUUAGAAAAAUCUGCUGCCGUUCCAAGAUAAACUGUACUUAAACUUCAGCUUUAGGUAUUCCUAAUUUUCAGUUGCCUACCUUCACUUAGUGAUAGCACAGCCAAACAAACAAUACUGUGUUCCACAGCCAUCCACACCGUCAUCAUCAACCAACCAACGAUAGUUGCAGUUACGUAUGCGUACCGACUCCAAGUGUUGUGUAUCUACUGAGAAAACCAUCUAUGUCACAUGCGUGCAGAGUUAGAUUCUCAACAGUCUAAUUGUAUAUUUGUAUAAUAUAAUCUCCUUGAUGCUGUGCAAUCACUAUCCACAUCUUCUUGCACUGGCCUUUCGAUGAAAAUUUUAGUGUGUCUGUUGUGAGAUAGACAGCGCAUUUUACCUGCUGUUACUGGGUUGAAUGUAUGUAAAUAAGUGAAAAAUAAAAAAGUCAUCUGUACAAGCAGUGGCCUAAAAAGCCUGUAAUUGUAGACUAGGACAAUUGUUGAAGUUGCUGUGACAUCUCAAAUACUACCUUUGAAUAAAUUGUUUACAGGGUCUCUUGGGAUGCUGUUUCAUAGUGAAAGGAAAAUCUUUCCUUGUGAUAAUAUGAGGUAAAGAAAUUGGAUUACCUGAGCUUUUUAUUUCCAGUGUUUCAAAGUGGAGAACAUAACUCUUUAUUGUCUGUAAAUCUAACAUUAUUACUUCCUCUUAGAAGAAUAUUGUAUCAUUAGAUGUUUGUUUGAGCUGGUAACAUCCUUGCAACUGCUGCAAUAUUUUUCAUUAGCAACCUGUAUAAUAGUUUGUACACAAGUACUGUUCAGAUUGUCAUGAAAAGUAGCUUUGACCAUUUACCUACCAGUAGCAGAAUAGUAUUUCUGUAAGAUUUCCAGUGUAUUCCUACCAUAUCAUAUUUUAUUUCUAUAAUGUAAUUAAACUGUUAUUUAUUCAAGGAGAAAAAGUAUUCCUCUACUUUUUUGUUUUCCAAAUUUUGAGUUAACUGAGGAAGCCACGUGAUGAUGCUGCCUCAUCCCACAAUCUGGUGCUCUACGUUUUGUUUAUAAGUUUGUCUGUCAGAUUCUGAAACAACUGCUUAAACAACUUGACAACAGGUUGUCAAGCUUUGUGGGUUUUAAUUGUACGUUGAUAUGUUUGAAGGAGGAGGUAGAUUAUAUGUUUUAUAUUUGUGUAUUCAGUACUAUGGAGACAAGAGAGAAAUUACAUAGUUAAAACUGAAUCUCCUGUUUCAUUAUGUAGGCAAUUUCCCCUUUCCUCUGUAUUAGCCAAAAUGCAAUAAAUCUCUUUUGCCUUCCUCA